CUAAUUCACAAUUGGGACAUAUAUUGUCCCACAAACUCUAGAACAAUAUUAUCUAUGAUCCAAUUUCUGCAGUAUCCUGUGCUGGAUGAAUCGAGUCCAUGUGCCUGCGACACGAGCAAGAGUACAACUGAUCAAGAGCAUGAGCAGUAUCCACCUGUUACGUUGAAAGGUCUUAAAAUAUGGUCACAUGUCCGUUGUCCCCCUUUUUCUUGGAGCUAUUGUAGCCUCGCUUCGGAAAGAUGAGGCUCGCAUCGUCGUUGGAAAGAAGGGAAUUCUUCGCCCGGCAGGUACUAUGUAUCUGGGCGGUCUUCUAUUAUGUUGCACGCCCCGUUAAGACCCGAAGACCGUCUCACCAUAUCGCAUCUGCCAAUAGUCACUACGGCGCAUUUCUCAACCUCAAAAUUGACAUGCCCAUCCUAGGUGAAACUGCCUCGCCAGAACGCCAUCUGUCGUGUUAGGAAAUGCCUGUGCUUGAAUGUUUUGUCGAAUUUGGGUUCGGCGUCUUACCUGUAGGGCGGGUGUGACGGGAUUUAAACUUUAUCGGGAUUAUGAAUCGUUGAGCACUGUUGAGUACUCGGAUCAUAAUGGUGGGAGUUCGGAUGCAACAUGACAUAGUUACGGCCUUGUGUCAAUAUGUGUCGGGAGAUGGUCAUACAGCUGAGCGGCAUUUGAAGAGCUCUUGGGUGAUCAGAUAAUCCCCCGGAAGGAGGUAUAAGUACCAAUCUCUCACCUCAUGGGACAUCCAGUAAGCAACUCAUAAUCCAUUGAGUCUUCAAGCCCUUGUUUUGGCGAUUGCCACAUAAGUCCUCACUUCCAACAUGCCUUCACGU